CUGGAAGCCGCUGCCAUCGUUCGUGACGGCACAUCAACGAACACUCUCUCGCCAAGAAAGAAGUCUCUGUCGGGCUUGAACCAUUAUUCAAGCCUUUUCCCCGGACAAUUAAUCACAAUGACGCGCCCCGAGGUCCACCCGAGGCGGCAGCUGCACGUGUCGGUCCUCACCAUAGGUUUCCUGUACAUCUUCCUCGAGUCCUUCACCCACACCCUCAUCAUCCCCAUGGUCCCGCAAGUGCUCCCCCACCUCACGCACACGGCGUACUCCAUCCUCAUCUCAUCCAGAGCCUUCGCCACCGUCUUCCUGGUGCUGCCCGCAGGCGCGCUGACCGACAGGGUGGGCUGGCGGCGGCUGCUGAUGCUGCCGCUGCUGCUGCAGAUGGCGGGGGCGGUGAUGUUCUUUGCCUACCCCAACUAUGGGCUUUAUCUGAUGGCCCGGGUCGUCCAGGGCAUUGCAUCCUCCUUUGGGAACGUGGUGGCCCUUACGGGGGCAGCAUCCACCCACACAGAGGAGAACAGGGGAGCGGCGUUCGGGGUGGUGCUGAUGGGGGACUUCGGCUACUCGGUCGGCUCGACGCUGGGCGGCAUUCUGUUCGACGCCGGGGGGCAUCGGCUGCUGUUCGGGGUGCUGCUGAUGAUUAUUGUGUCGUUCAGCGCUUUGGUCAUUCUGCUGGUGCCGUGUCUACCGCCUGACCUGCAGCAAGAGGGAGGGGCUGCUGAAGGUGGAGAGGGGAGGAGUGAGAAAGGGGAGGUGCGGGAGAGAGGGGGUGGGGAUGACGACUUGGGGCUGCUGGCGAUGGCGCGGAACUUCCACCUCAAUGUGACGCUGUAUGGCAUCUGGUGAGCCGUUUGUUCUGGGCGGGCGGCUGUGAAUGCAUGCAAUGUGUGCAGAUGAUCUAUGUGUCAUGACAUGGCAUGGCAUGGCAUGGCUAGGUGUGGGUGGGGUUGUUUCAUGGCGUCGCUGUCCUGGAUGCCCCGCUACUGGGAGAAGGAGCUCCGCUUCUCAGCCACUAGAGCCGGUGUCCUCCUCAACCCCGCAACCAUCGCACGAGUACCCCCAUCCCUCCCUCCCCCGAUCUAUAUUUUUUUAUGUCUCCCUUUCCUCCUCUCUGUGUCUGGUCUGCACUGCAUCCCAUCCACACAGCUGCUGGCCGCCCCGGUGAUGGGCUUCCUCGUCAGCUACUGCCGUCUCCCGCCACAGCUCGCCCUUGCGUGUGCCAACCUGCUGUGCGGGGUGUCCUCUCUUCUACUGCUGGCCUUCCCGUCGGCCAUAGCGCAGGCGUGCAUCCUGGCUCUGCAGGGGUGGGGGACAGCAGCGGUGGACAGCGGUGGUUUGGUGACGGUGGUGAAGAUAGUGCUGGAGGAGCGGGGGGUGGGGCGGGUGGGGACGGGGUAUGCCCUCGAGGACGUGGCCUACAAUGGGGGGAUCAUUUGGGGGCCGAUCAUCGUGGGCGGGGUGGUCCAUCUUACUGACGACUACUGGUCAGAGAGAGGAACACACACACACACACACACAGAGAGAGAGAGAGAGAGAGACGGAGACACAUGUUCUUGGAUGUGUCUCCGAUUGUUGUCUGGAUGCCUGGAUGCAGGCUUGGUUUCUUCUGCAUGGCGUUGCUGGCCUUCACCGGGAGCGCCCUCGUCUUCUACUCUUGGUCCACCUACCUCCCCCCGCCCGCCCGCUCUCCAUCUAUUCACCCCUGUCUCUCUGAGGAGGACACGGAGGGCCUCCUGCGCCGCCCCUCACACCACUCACGCGUCACACACUCUUCUGACGACUCGGGAUCAUCACCGAGCCCUCCUGUCAGCAAGCGGAACUCUUACCAUCUGCGGGUCAUGGACGAAGACCAUUACGGUGGGGGAGGGGGGUGGGCUGUGCUGGGUGGUGACCAGAGGAGGGCGGUCGGCAAGUCGAUUCACGCGACGGUAUAUGGGAAGGUUCAGAGCACGUCGCUGCUGCCUGUGGACGAGAACAGCGAGAGCACCGACAGCGAGACGGCGGACAGCGGAAUGAUAGAGAUGGCAACGAGUGGUGGAGAUGGGGGCCCCCACCGGCACCAACAUGCGCACCACCAGCACCAGCACCAGCAUGACAAGAGGGUGUCACUGGUGUGGUCGCCGAGACAGUCGUACGGGCACGACAGUGGGGAGGAUGGGGCUGGUGGUGGUGGUGGUGAGGGUGAGGGUCGGCGCGUGUCUAGGGUGCGGACACAGCGGCUGAGUGUGUCGUCUGUGUUGCUCAGCAGUGGCAUGGAAAGAAGACUCACUGUGCAAUGACUGACAUGACAUGGCACGACUUGACUGCAUUCAUUGACACACAAUGAUGCAUUGGAUUCUCAUGUCUCAAGUACCUGAGUCACUCGCCUCGCCCAAAACACAUAUCAACACACAAACCCAC